GAUGCAAUCUACUCGUUAUUGAUUCGCACUGUUUCUCCGCUCUCUCUUCAUUCUUCACUGUAACUCAAAUGGCAGCAGAGAAAUCCAACGCUAACGGCGUCUACGUAGAAGAAGAAGAAGAAGAAGAAGAGAAAUUGAAGCAGAAUAAGGGAACGGUGAAGGAGACGUUACCGGAAGUUCUUAACCGCAUCGCUUCCUCAAUUCUGUUCCCGGAACCCGCCGAUGCUGGAUCCCUACUUCGCCGGAUCAAAGUCUCCGUCGCCGACAAUGCUCCUCUUAUUCCAGAAGCUUCUAGAAACUCCGCCAGCAAUGUUCUCCUCUGGACUCGCCGCGGUUCCCCCUUCCGUGCUCUCCUCGUCAUCUCAGUUGGGACAGUUACUUUUGUUGCUUUGACAGGAUUGCUUGUGUUCUUGCUUUUCUUCGUGGCUGCGACCAUAAAUGCCAUUCUCAUAUCGUUGUUGAUGUCUUUGGCAGCAGCAGGAGGUUUCUUGGCUCUGUUCUUUGCUUUUGUUACAGCUAUAUACAUUGGAGCAUUAUCAGUAGCCAUAUUUGCUAUUUCCGUUGCAACAUUUUGGACAAUUGUGGCUGUUCUGAUAAUCACAGGAGCAUUUUUUCGCAAAGAACCAACCACGACUGCACCAAUAGAGCAGCUCACUGAGCCAGUAGAAGUGUGACCAAUGGUAGGACUUGCAACCACUCUCCUACUUUCUGGUUGCCCUCUCUAGAUUGCAAGUGUACUUUUCCCACGUGCAGACAUCUUCAAACAGGGCAGAGAAUGGGAAAAACAGAUUCGUAGUGUUGGAGAAGAAGAGAAAUGCGCAUCGCGAGUCUGAGGAAGAAGGGAAGUGUGGAUCGCAGUGCUGAGGAAGAAGAGAGUGUGGGUCAGGUGCUGAGGAAGAAGAGAACUCUGCGUCGGCAGUGUUGAGGAAGAGAACUCUGCGUCGGCAGCGUUGAGGAAGAGAACUCUGCGUCGCAGUCGGCGGUGCUAAGGAAGAAAACUCUGCGUCGUGGAUAAAAGGGCAAGCGAGAAGGGAAGAAUGAAAGGAAAAAAAAAAAAAAAAACCUAACAUCUAAGAUUACAUAAGUCGGGUAAAAAAAAUAGGCCGGGUCAAAUCGGGUAAUCGGGUUUUUUCAGAAAAUGGGGCUCCAUCAAACUUGUCCAGGAUCGCAUGCUUCCACAAUUUCAUAAGGAAGAUCGUGCCAUCCCAGCAAUCUCGAAAAAUUGUGUCACAGGAACGUGAUCGGAGGCGCCGCAAAAGACCGUAGAAUUGUCCGAUCUUACGAUUUGGAUCAUGAUUUUGACUACAGCGUCUACAAGUGUUUGUUGUCCUUCCAAUUGUGGAAAAGUACUUGGGUAUACCAGCAGUAUGGUUUUUGUUUCUGUCCUGGUUGCUGCAAGUGGAUGUAUAUGCAUUGAUCAAAUGGGUGUUUACAUUUUGCAUAUAAUUGAACUUGUAUGCAUUGGCCUUAUCUUUUGAUAAAACCACCGACUGAACUACUAAUGAGCAUGGGUGAUGUGAUGGGUUAUAUGUUCACUAUCAUCUGAAUUUUGCUUCACUCAGCAGCUUACCAGUCAAAUAGUUGCCAUAGACUAACGUUGCCUGGUGUGGUGGAUUUCUUAGAAUUUCAGCAAAUCAUUUCGUAUUUAUUCUCUUCAUUCUAUUAUGUUGAUGUUUCCUUGAUGGAUUUUUAUAAUGUAUCUUUUUAUUUAUUUUUAUUUUAUUAUUAUUAUUAUCAUUUGUUUCACUGUGGAUUAAUACUAAUGUUGCCUGGACAUGGAAAUCAAUAUUUGCUAGGUUGGAUUGGAUUCAUUUAUACGGUAUGGCUGGUAACUAGAAAGAGCUUUGGAAUUGCUAAACACUCCUUGGGCGUGACUGGCUCUGCAAUUUCAUCUUACACUACUGUUUUGCAUGCCCGCCACCUAAGACACAAAGAUUCAAAUUAGGGGAUGAUCACAAAUUUAUGUACAAAUCUUAAACUAUGUAUCCGUGUGUUUUGGAAUGACUCAAGCUUCUCUUGGCCGGUAUAAAGCCUUGUUCUUAGACUUUCAGAGUUUGGUUUCAAUCCCUAUCUUUUAUUUUGUACUUAUGAGCUGAGAGAUGUUUUGAUAAAUAAGCCGGGUUAUUGUGUGUUGUGUUUGAAGUUUGAUGUUUACAGUGUUUGAAGUUUGAUGUUAGCAUAAAACAGUAGCUUUUCUUCUGUAGCCUACCUCGUUACCUAGCAUAGUAGUACAAGCAGAUAUUAAAUUACAUUUAUGUGUAAAUGAUGAAAUCUUGAAACGAGGUAUAAUGCUGCAUUUGUGGGAACAACUAUGUACACUUGCUACUUGUACAGCCACACAUCACACAAUAUCACAUCAUAUUAGUGUAUUUAUGUUUUGUUAUAAAGCUUGACUGCAGAAUUCCGAUUUGGUUUUCUUUUCUUUUUUUUUCUUUUAAUUAUUUCACCUAAGAUAGGGAUUUUUCCCCAUCGCUAAGACACAACCAAAGCAGGCAAAAUUUUUUUUGGUCAACACUAAAACAAGCUUUAGACUAGCACAAAACUUGGAAUAAAGGGAAACACAAAAGUUAGAUCCAGACGGCAAAGCGAUUCAGUCAAAUUAGUAGUUUAUGCCUUAUAUUUAAGUCAUAAACUGCUAAUUAAAUGUCUAGCCUGAAUAAUGUUUAGCCAUGGAAAUUAGUAGUUUAUGUCUCAUAUUUAGACAUAUCUAAUGUGAACUACAUCUAGAAAGGAAGCCGGUAGGCAUGGUUAAUUUUACGGGAUUAACUUCAUGUUGAUAGUAGGAGAAGGGAACUGUUAUCAUUUCCGUUGUUAAAUGCAUUAACUGUUAAUUGUUUGUGGGAAACCUUGAUUUCAUGCAAUACAUAUAACCAUGAAUUCUUGGGGAUCGAGGAAGGACGAAUAGAUGACACUUGAAAGAUGACUUAUUUUCAAGCCCUGGUUGUAUGAAACUAUUGACCAAAAAGAGAGAGGGUCGAGGUUGGUCAAUGAAUACGGCUACUAUAUAUGACAUGCACGUUGCGUUUUAUGAGUGCCACGGGGAUACGCAAAUUAGAAAUAAGGUGUUAUUUUUUUUUUUUAUCUUGUAAGAAUGAGAAUAAGGGUAGAAAUCCAAAUAAAGCCCCAUAAAAGCAAGGCCUUUAUGCCUAUUAAUUUGGCAACGUCAUUUGGUCGAAAGGACUAUCUUUUUGUCAAAGGUUUAAACAUAAUAAUAUUAAGAAAAGCAGCAAAGCCUGAAGGCACACAAACAAUGGGCUACAAAAAGCUAAGCUCAAGACCAAACAAAUUAGUAGUACACAUGGAUACUCCCGACUAAAGCCUAGUACGGAUAUGGUUAUCUUAGAAGUUCUAUACAACCGGUUUUUAGGUCCACGAGAAACAUUUUUCAAUUAAUUACAAAUGUGGAAUAAAAAUUACCCAAAACAAAAUGCAAAUAAGAGUAUAUCAAGUGGCCGGAAGUUACCUUGAGUUACUGGUGGAUGCCACGGUAGGGUCGGAAGUUAGUAAUGCAGUGAAGCACAAUGCAAGGAUAAAAUAUAUGGAAAUUGAAAUUUUCACUGACAGA